AUGAGUGAGCUCCUCGCCUACCUCUUUAAAAACGAAUCUCAAUUUCGCAAGACGCGCCUGGAAGACCUUUAUUCAGAUUUUGGCAAAAGCCGUAGCAUAAACCCCGAUGGCUAUCAGGCAAAUAUAACAGCAUGGCUUCAAGCCCUCUCACACGCCACGCUUGCGGGGCACAUGCCCUCUACUUCUUCCUCCCCAGAUCUACUUUCUAUAACAAUAUCUACCGACCUGGUCUACGCGCUGGAAACGCGGGAAUGGGGCGUCCCUUCUGCGCUUGGAACAGUGGUUCGAGAGGGUUUGAAGACAAGGCAGUGGAUUGACGUGCAGGAGUUCGCGCUGGCGCGAGAGAGCAUUUAUCAGAAAGGCUGGGCGCUACCGGUGCCCAGUAUUGGAGAUGUGCUGGGUUGGGGCUUGAGACAGUUGGGCUUCGGAGGUGGCGAAGAGAAGUUGGUCAAGGGACAGGUGGUUGUUUUGGAGAACCUUGAAUGGGUGGGGAAGGAGGUUGUGAAAAGGACAGACGGUGUCAGGGGCAGAGUGGAGAGGAUAUUUUCGCGAGACGCGUUCAGAGAGACCUAUGGAGAUGUAACAGGAAAGGAAAAUAUGUUGUCGGAAGCAGAUAUGGAACUCCUGCUGAAGUUUUUAGAGAGGGAUAAGGCUGUUCUAUCAUAUGACGGGCAGACGGUAAAGCUGAAAGCCUCCAACGAGAAGAUGCCUGGCCCUAUCACUGCGGAAGAUGCGACCAUUGCAUCGCUGAAGACUCUGAUCAAAGAUUUGGAAGUUCAGACGAAGGUUCUUGCGAAGAAAGUGGAUGAGUUGGCAGCUACGGCGAAGGAUGCUGUAACUCACAAUAAUAGAGUGUCAGCUCUAGCAGCUCUUCGCUCCAAGAAAUUGGCAGAGACAACACUCACGAAACGGCACGCUACACUUGCACAACUAGAAGAAGUAUUCUCGACAAUCGAACAGGCAGCCGACCAAGUCGAGCUGGUGAGAGUUAUGGAAGCCAGUACCAGUGUUCUGGCAGGCCUGAACAAAGAGGUCGGUGGCGUCGAGAGGGUGGAUGAUGUCGUAGAUCAGCUACGAGAACAGAUGUCACAAGUGGAUGAGGUUGGCAAUGUCAUUACGGAGGUUGGUCACGUCAAUGCUGCUGAUGACGAGGAGGUUGAUGGCGAGCUGGAGGCUAUGGAGAGAGAUGAGCGGGAGAAGAGAGUAAGGAAGGAGGAAAUGGAGAAGGAACAGAAAGAGAAACGGGAAGCUGCGGAGACGAAGAAGAGGUUAGAUGCUUUGGAGAUUUCUGAACGUGAAACGAAAGAGGCGGCAGCAAGGAAGCAAGCCGAAGGUCCCAAGAAGGCAGAGGAAACAAGCUCUGAAAGAGAGAUCGAGGGGGAGUUGAAGCGGCUUUCAUUAGAUGCCGAGAAAGCCCUCGCGUAG